UAAUAAUGAAACUGGGUCCUGUGUCACUACUUUUUUAUCACACGUGUGCAUGAGUAUAUCUAAAUAUCAAACUGACCCAAAAGUGAAUAGAUUAGUUCUUCUUCUACACUCAUGAUGGAUAAUGCCAAACAAUAUGUUUAUGAUUCAGAUGGUGUCCCUUACCUGAAGUCAAUAGAGAUAUGCUGAUCUGUAUCAGUAAAGGAACUGGAUGGGCUAAAUCUUGGAUUCUAGGCUGUUCGUGUUCAAACCAACAUUUGUCUGCAUUGUGUUGUCUUUAGUGGCGCUGUAAUCCUGUCUUAUUCAAGUAGAAUGUAAAGGAUCUCUGUUUUGGUGUUGAUUUUCAGGAAUGAUUACAAAGCAUCUAUAAGACUGACUUUGCUUAGAAGGACAAGUAGAUUAAACAAGCAGUAUUCUUGAAUUUGUGGAAAUUUAAGCACUUUGUGCAGGAUCUUGGCCAGCAGAAGGCAGUAACUGCUCAGCUUUGAGUUGCUGUUAACGAGGUAUGCUUGCUUGCUUUAGCCAUUUUCACAAUGUAGAUCUACGGGCUGAACUUUCAAGGCCUCAGUCUUUUACUUCUCACGUACCAUAUUCAGCAUGCUGCUGUUCUAUCACUUGCUGGUUGGAGCCUUUCUUCCACUCGUCCUCUUUUCAGGGAAUUGGGUUUCAGCAAAGAACAUCAACUUUUACAAUGUGAGACCUCCACUAGACCCCACUCCAUUUCCAAACAGUUUUAAGUGCUUUACCUGUGAUAAUGCGGUGGACAAUUACAACUGCAACAGAUGGGCUGAAGAUCGGUGGUGUCCUGAAAGUGCGCAGUACUGUCUGACAGUUCAUCUCUUCACAGACCAUGGGAAGAGUACAUCGGUCACCAAAAAGUGCGCGACUGGGGAUGAAUGCCAUUUUGUGGGCUGCCAUCAUCACAGGGAAAGCGGUCACACAGAAUGUGUUUCUUGCUGUGAAGGCAUGAUUUGCAAUGUGGAGAUCCCAACCAAUCAUACAAACGCGGUACUUGCUGUGCUGCAUGCACGGAGGACGUCGGAUGGCAGCCGGCGGACGGUCAGCAUUGCAGUGCUUGUGUCAGUCAUGGCAAUUGCAUUGUCGUGAUGCAGCAUCCUCCCUUUGCAUUGCUUGCCUUUGUGGGCCCUUGGAACAUGUAAGGAGCUCAAUAUGCUCAAGGAGAAACCACCAAGACUUCUUGAUUACAUAAAAUGUGAGAGGACAGUGGGAAGACGUAUAUAUCAUGCAGUCCUUGGGUGUUCUAAUGAAGAUAUUUCAAAUGGUCCACAGUAUUUAAAGAAGAAAAACAAGAUGUACACACAGAAAAAGCACAGCAGGAAACCCAGUGGUGACUGAGCAGUGAGGCAGAAUCAAGUUGUUAUGAUGGUUUUAUGAUGAAAAUGCAUGUAUGGUUUGUGUGUGUUUGAUCAAAGAAAGGAGGUUUCUGUAGACAAUCAGGUGAGUUAAAGGGGAGCUCUCGGUGGACCAUGUGCCAAUUUGUGUUGUAAUGUAAUGGAAACUGCUUCUAAGCUAUUUAUCACUGUGCAUAACACUAUGAAUAACAUGGGCUGUAAGCUGUAUGUAAGCUUAUAAUUAGGUAUGGUUUUCAUGGAGAACUCAUAUGAAAGAAGUUCGACCUGGUGUAGGGAACCUGCUUUGUCAGGGGGGUUGGACUCGGUGAUCUCUAGAGGUCCCUUCCAACCCCUACAAUUCUGUGAUUCUGUUUUGAUCAAAGCUGUCAUUUCUAUGGGAAAUAAAAUAAUACCUUAUGCCUUUCUUUCCUAUAGAAUGUCUCACACUGGGAUUACAAAACAGUAUGAAGUUAGGUAGAGUUUCUGUCUGAAAAGGAUGAACUGAUGGAGCACCUAACUCAGAAUUCCUUACUGCCCUCAGAGGCAGGAUUUUCUUGCAGUAGAGUCCCACCUCGUGUGCUCACCACAGCUUCUGAGUCCUUUUUGUUAUGUUAACAUGGCAGUAAUGCCACACAUUUCAAAUUGUGGCUACAGUCAAGCAGUUACUUCAUCAUAAAAACGGCAUAUGGGCCCUUUUACAAAUAAGGAGAGAACUCUGCUAUGUUCUCUCUUGAUUUGCAGAAGAUUCUCCCAGGAAUGUUGCUCUCCUCGAUGGAUCAGAAGUCAGCAACUGGAUAUCCUAGGCCUCUGGACAUAACUUUAUGUAGCACUUGAAGAUUUGGGGCCAAGCUCUUUUUUUUUUUUUGCAGUAUUAUGGUGAUUAAUGUGGUUCAAAUAAACAGCUUUGACUAUUUGAAUCCUGGUCAUGCAGAUGACAGUUCUUCAGUCAGAUGAACAGCUACAGAUACAGCAGUGACAUGUACUGGAACCUUUGUUUCCUUCUGUGUUGCUUGUGAUGCAGACCAGCACUCCCAGGCUGCUCCAGUGAGCUCCCACCCCUAACAGCCCUGUAGCUGGAGCUGCAUAGGCUGUCCUGAGUACGGUCCACAAUAAGUCAGGCGUGCAGUUACUUCAUUAAUGCUCUACCUUAUUUAUGUUCUUUGCACUGCAAACUCACAGGCCAGCAGGUACUUGAUUUCAGGUUGUUGUCAGGAUAGUUUGAUAUGAUCCUAAAUCUAAUAAAUUUCAGCUGCUCCUGUUUGCCAAAUUGUGUUUCUUCAAACUCUCCCUUCUCCAGCAACCCAAUAUUCCAGCACAGCUAAGGGUUUCACUGGAACAGGUUGCCCGAGGAGGCUGUGGAUGCCCCAUCCCUGCAGGUAUUCAAGGCCAGGCUGGAUGUGGCUCUGGGCAGCCUGGGCUGCUGGUUGGUGACCCUGCACACAGCAGGGGGUUGGAACCAGGUUGUUGCUGUGGUCCUUUUCAACCCACACCAAUCUGUGAUUCUAUGAUUUCACCCAACAAGGUUGGAGAAUUGCAUUAUGUUUCUUUCUUUUUGUAAAUAAAAUUGUGAUUCAUUUAUGAGUAUAUCUCUGUGAUUGUUCUGAUCUUUUCUAGUGGCUCAGCCAAAAUGAGAGGGGUUGAAAGGUACAACAGAUUGUUGCAGUGUCUUUUGGAGAUGAGGUUUCUUAAAAGCUUUGCUUUACCAAGAGAUUCAGAAGUGAUCUCUAAAAUGUUCAAGUAACCCUAGAAAUUGGGGGUUUUAAACAUUAACAUUGUCUGAGGUCACUGGGCCAUCCAACGUGCCAAGCUGCCAAGGAUGAUUUUUGGACACGUUUCCUUUGUUCAAAGAUCAUCCCUGGGUAGCAACACACCUACAGCGUUAAUCUUGGGCUCUGACAUACCUACAGGCAUAGUUAGAAUUGAUGUUUAGUGAUGAAAAACAUGUUUUUUGCUGUGUGACCCACAGGGUUUGCAAACUUUUCUCCCAUGGAAAAACCACCCCAGAUUUGCUCUGUGCUCCUCAGGGAGUCUCUCAGUUGUGUGUGAUGUUUGGGACCAUGGAUCUUUUCCUGGUUUUGUCAUUGAACAUCAGGUACUUCCAUAAUGUUGUUUCUGUGAGCAAUUAUGGCAAUCAUAAUGAGGCAUUAAAGUGCUCUGUAGACUUACAUUGAGUUUACCGUAAAUACUUGCUCUGCAAAUGCCAUUUUGGAGCAUUCAGGAGUACCAGGAAGCCCCUGGAAAGCAGCCCAGGGGGUGGGCUCUGGCACAGAGAAAUGACUUUCAGGUUCUCUGCAGCUGCCAAAAGGCCGUGGGGAUGUGUGUGUAUCUCUGCUCAUCUUUGUCUUGGCUGAACUGAAUUUUAUUCUCUUUGUCACACUGAAAAGAUAAGGAAUGUGCACAUAAUGUAUGUAUCUGAAGAAUCGCCUAUAAAAUAAAAUAAAGAGUGCCAAAGUA